UUAUAUUGUUAGGUUAGUUAGGUAGGUAGGUGGUAGGGUAUUGCCAUAGCCAUUGAAUUGCCAUUGCAAUUGAAGUGUUUUAAAAUAAAUACAAGGAAGUAAGCCUUUAAGGCAAAAUUAUUUUUACAAUGAGUGGAAAUCCUGGUGAGGCAUCUAAUAGGCCUAACAACUUUAGUCUUGUUCCGGUGGAAAAUAGUAAUCUGAGCAGUGACAAUCCUAAUUCACAAACACAGUUGCCUAGUAUCAGCAAUCCAACUACUGAACCCACAGUACAAGAUAUGAGACAGCCACACACUUUGCAAGAUUUACUUAAAAUAUCAACUCGUCUUCAGGGUAAUGACAGACCCCCAGAACAGAUUUCACAAGAGAAAGCCGAGUUUUUGAAAAAUGCGUUGAAUGCCAUGACUGUUGAUUUGGUACCAGAGAUGCAAAAAAGACUUGAAGUUUUGAAAGAAGUUCAAACAAAGCCAGAAAAUUUUGUUGACACAAAUUUAGCCAAGUAUCAAGAAACAUUGGAGCAGUUGGUCGAAUUUUUAUAUGAAAUUGAUCUUGCCCAGAUAUUUUAUCAAAUCGAUGGACUUAACAUUAUUGCUCCCCUACUGAAAAGCAAGCAUGCUUCUUUGCGAAGUUCAACAGCAGCCAUCAUACUUGAGUGCUGCAAAAACAACCCAUUUUGUCAAGAGCUCUCAGUAACAGAUGAAGUAUUCAGACCAUUGAUGGAAAUGGCUUCCUCAGAUCCAAAUAAAGAUGCCAUGUUUAAGGCCAUUGCUGCUGUAUCAGCUAUUGCUCGAUCAAAUCCUGCUGGAAUUAGUCAAUUCAACAAGUAUAAUGGGAUUAAAAUGGUUGAAAAGGCUUUAAAUAGUGGCUGUGAAAAAAUUGUGAACAAAACCAUUUUCCUAAUUAUGGGGCUGUGCGACACCGACGAGACUGUAAAAAGGAAUCUAACAGAGUCUGGUGUGAUUGUAAAUCUUAUCACUCUUCUGCGUCUCAGUGACAAUAUUGUCAAGGAGUACAUUCUGCGCUGUCUGUUGUCAAUAACGAGAGAAAAUCCGGCCGCUCAGCAGAUUUGUCGUCAACACAAUCUAGACAGUUACCUCUCUACACUCACCGAGAUAAAUACUGAUCCUGAAACCCAGGAUUUGGUAGAGUGUGCAGUGGCCCUAAUAAAACAACUGUAGAACUUAAAUGUGCGGUGGCUGAAAAAGUUAUUUGGAACAUCAUGUGCAACAUAACCAAAAAGAUCACUUGCUAACCUCUUGAACAGUUAAGUUGAAUUAAUGAAGUGAUACAAUCACUACUACCUAGAAUACAUUUUUUAUAUGUACAGUUUUA